AUGCCAAAGUUUGGAGUCAGGUUCUUCCGUCUCUACAAGGUUUAUUCAUUAGGGUUAUUUAAAAAACAUGAAGAAGUUCAUUCCUUGGGUGACGAGGCAAUGCUUUUGGAUUUAGGUAUCACUGUACUUGCCAAUGACAAUGAUGGAAUUCGUAGAAACUCCAUCUAUUUCAGUGGUUCCAAGAAGGCAAAUUCUAUCUCUCUCUUCAAUCUAGAGACAAGGAAGAAGGAGAAACUACACAGAUUUGAUUGCUCGUCUGUACAACUCUCUAGUAAGCGAUGGUUCUUACCUAGCUAG